GCCAGCAGAAGCGCGACUUCAUCGGAUAUCCUGUCAACCCCGUCAUUGCUCAUACAUACUUCACCAUCUUCAAAGUGGCUAAGGGGAUUAUCUUAUUCAGCUUGUCCCUCUCACCAUAUCAUGCCUUCAGACCAGGAUACACACUCGUCACCAGGCGCCCUGCCUGAUGCGCCAGCGUCGACCACGAAACAGCCAUGCCAUUCCUUCAAGAAAAAAUUUGCGAAAUUAAAAGUUAAAUUCGAAUUGGAGAUGCGCGAGAGUGAGGCCCUUGUACGGGAACAGCUACGGAUCGAGGACGUCUCGAAGAAAUUACAAGAGACGAAUGACCAACUCCUCGAAGUGCUUAUGGAGUUCAACGAAAGCCUCUACAUCCCGACCAACCUCCGUUAUGAUCUCAGUGUACCUGGGGAAGCAACACCGCCUCUGACACCCGACGAUGACGAUGACAUAGCCCCAUCGACGUACACACCAACAGCUGCAAAGGCUGCUCUGAAAGAAGCAAGAGCAGAGUUAGACGCUGGCGAAAUCACAGCCGAUACCUAUCGCCGUUUAGAACGAGGCAUAAAACGCAGUACUACUUUCCGACCAUCGAUGCAAUACGCCUCUCUACGGCAAAUCGCUCAGCACGGUGCGUCGUUGGUAGCGUCUUCUAAUUCGAUAUUUCCGGAGUUAGAUCAGGACAAAACUGCGCUGCUCAAUAUGAAUUACAUGACCCCGGAACACGAGCAUGAAUACCUUUUAGCACUAGACGCCAAGAUGGGAAACAUAGCCGCAGAAGCGCAACUGAAACAGCUCCCCGAUAAACCCACAUUCGCGGAUCGUGAGCGCGAAGCUAUCCUACAGAAUCCCAAUUCUGUGUACAACUGGUUACGACGAAAUACGCCCUAUGUAUUCCUACAGGAUAAUGAAGUGGCGUCAGAGAAAAGCAGCCAGCCACAGACACAACCACAGCGCUCCGCCGCGAAUGCGCGCUCGUCCAAGAGGUCCUCACUCGCUACUUCUCGACAACCAGCCAAGGAGGAAGAUAUGUACGACGAAGACGGUAUUGCGCUUGAAGUACCCGCUCCGUCAGCUUCAAAGGCUAAGCGCAAACGUGAUGAAGAUACGGGAUACCGACCAAAGGGAGGUCGAAGCGGCAGCAACAAGAAGAAGAAACAGGAGACUGAUUCUAGUCAUUCCGGACGACGUGCGUCAAAGCGUGGUUCUGGAGUAGGUGCUUAGCUGUUUCGACCUGAUAUACGUAUUGUAGUUGACUGUACAACAAUAAUAACCAAAAAAAAAAAUUGCGUCGGCACUUUUACUACGGAUCUUGAUUCGAGUGUUAUAAUGAUCUGCAUUUGGUGAGGGUAUCGGAAAUGGUCGCCGUAUGGUUCUGCUAAAUUCCUUCCUUUUUUUUUCCUCGUGUUUCUUGAGACCCUACAUAUAGGUCCACAAAGGCGUCUCGGUUCAUCUUCUACUUACUAUGUACUUACUAUGGUCCUU